AUGGUGCUAACUAUAUUUGAAACCUGGCCUUUAAAUUUUAGUUUUAUAUUAACGUCUGUCUUAUCUUUUUUCCACAGUUAUAUCGCUGGUCGCUUUAAAAUAAUCUCAAAUUCCGAAACCAAGGGCCUUGGCACAUUUGUGGGCACAUUCGCGUUGCCAUCACUGAUCUUUCUUUCGCUGAUCGAGCUUAAUUGGAGUACAGUGAAUUGGACCUUUCUGCUGGCGAUGACGAUUUCCAAGACUAUCGUCUUCGUUGCUGUACUAGUAAUUUCACUACUCAUUACGCGUCCACUCAAUUACGCGCGUGCCGGUUUGCUCAGUAUUUUCUGUACGCAAAGUAAUGAUUUCGCGAUAGGCUAUCCAAUUGUGAUGGCCUUAUACCAAGAUGUGCAUCCGGAAUAUGCUUCGUAUUUGUAUUUGAUGGCGCCCAUCUCAUUGGCGCUGCUUAACCCCAUCGGCUUGGUGUUUAUGGAAGUCUCCAAAAUUAUUAAAACCAAAGCUGAGGCGGUUCAAGAGGCAGCCAUCUGUCCGGACAAUUGUCCUGCUGAACAGCUAUCAAAGCGGAAUCGCUGUCUGGGUGAAAAGCCGUUGCUUGUCUUGCAUACGCUUAAGUCGUUAUUUUUCAAUCCUAUGCUGCUAAUGACGGUACUCGGUGUUGGCGGCGCUUUUGUCUUUCCUAAUGGUUUGCCCGAAGUAGUUGCGAGCACGCUGCGUGUCUUCGGUCAGUCAUUCUCGGCCACAGCGCUCUUUUUGCUGGGCUUAAAGAUUGUUGGCCAAGGUGGUUCGCUGCGCGGAUCAGGCUUGCUGCUACCCGGUAUAUUGAUACUGGUUAAAAUAUUGGUGCUGCCGCUAGUGUGCCGGCAGACAGUGAACAUCAUGCAGGCGGGCACAGAUUUCAACGAUACAACAGAAUUGAGCACUUUUGGCUUUUUGUAUGGCACAUUUCCAGCAGCGCCGGGCGCAUUCGUGAUUGCCACACAAUAUAAUGUUGAAGUGGAGUUGGUUGCUACGGCCAUGGUGCUUUGCACAUUUAUCUCAGCGCCGUUAAUGUUCAUCUCGGCUAAAAUGAUCUCACUGACAAAUUUGAAUCCUGUAGAUUAUAUACAUGAGUUGGAUGUAUUCUCGUUCGACAUAAGCGUAGCUGGUGUUGCUGCAUGCGGUUGGGUCUUACUAUUGCUCGUUGUGACCAAACGUUUCAGACGCAUGCCGCAACGUAUAACAUUUUGCUUGGUGCUUUCACAGUUUAUGUGCUGUCUGGCGGUGAUCAUUUGGGCUAAGUUAGCACAUGUUGAAAAGUGGGUGAUAUACUUGCAGUUUUUCCUCUUUAACAUGGGCACAUUUAGUAGCCGAUUGUGGACAGCCAUAUUGGCGAUAGCAUUGCUCUUCCUGCAGUGUCGUAGUUUAUGUUUUGUUCUUAAAUUGUGGCCUUACAUGAUUGCCUUCGCAUGGGGUGUGCCUGCUAUAAUCUCAGCGCUGCUCAUUGCAUUGGACAGACAAAUAACAUCGCAGGAUAGUCACAACCCUAGUUUUCAAUAUGGCACAGCACAGGCAGCCGUUACCGUUUUUAUGCUUGUAAUGUGUUUCUUUGCUGAUGACGACGAUAUUAUUUCCACGGCAGAUAAUGGCGCGAGCACUAUUGUUGCCGGCUGCGGUGAAGGCAGUGGAACUUGUUGCUCCACUACGACCAGUCCCAAAACUACAACUGUAUUUGUAGACAUCGAAGAUUUGCUUGUGCGUCGGCAAGCUGCCGCAAAAUCAGCUGCAGAAGAUGCGGCACGUCAAAGAAGUGCCGAUGCGACAACAACUCCAUCAACAGAUCAGUUCGAAGACGAAAAUCUUGGCAUCCGCUCUGGUAUAUGCAAUCCGGGUUUCAACUGUGGCGUUAGUACUUCACGACAAACUUGUCAAACAAUUAUCGACCGCUAUCAAGACCAGACACGGCAGGGCCUAGAACCGUUGGAGUACGCCAGCGAUGCCGAUGAGUAUCAAACUUUGAAGCAUACUGUACUGCUGAUCAUGUUGCUUUGCUCAAUGUUUGUGAGCUUGGCUGUCUCCAUCUGGACCCUAGUUAUGGAUGGUAUGUCCGGAAUUUAUCUGGAAUUGAGUUUCCUGGACUCUUUCUUAAAUUUCGGUCAGAGCUUAGUCGUUUUGGCUGUUUUUAUCACUGAUACUAGUGAACUGCUGACACCGCUAGUGAAAAUCUGGCGCAAGUUGUGGUAUGGAGCAAAUGUAUUAUCGCUGCCUCACUGGUCGAGUCUCAGUCCGGAAACCAAGCAUAUUUGUGAACAGUUCCGGAACCAUCACUUGGAAAAUUGCAAGAAGGAUAUUGCCAAGGAUCGAAGGUGGCGUAUCAAAGUCUAUCGCAAAGUAUUCUACGGCACUGAAUUUGUGGAUUGGCUUAUGGAGGUGGGUCUUUCUAAAGACCGUCUGGAGGCUGUGCACUACGCUAGACACCUAGUGGAUGGACGUGUUUUGCGUCAUAUAAACAAUGUAUAUCACUUUGAAGACAAGCAGCUAUUAUAUAAUUUCUGUGCACGUAUAUAAAAUAUUUUAGUCGCAUAUUACGGUAAUAAAGAAAGCUUAAAUACCUACUAUAAGUAGAUGCACACAUAUGUAUGUUUAUGUAUAUUAAUGUACAUAUGUAUAUGCAAGAAAGUUUUAAGGAAUCGCUACUACGAUUAUAGUUUUAAAUUUUUAAGCGUGAAAAUUUUCAGAGGACAUGGUGCUGUGAUGCGUGUCAAAUAUUUGUAUAAGUUCAUUUAACCUCUUCUUAUUCGACCACGUAUAAUUUAAUUUGUUAAGUUAGUCGCGUAGGCAGCCAUGUACGUGAUUAAUUUUAAAUGAAGAUAUAUGUAUUUUCAAUUUACGUAAAUUACGUUAGCUUUUGAAUGAAUUGAUAUAUUAUUGUAAAAUAUUAAGGUUUAUUAUAAACUAUGUAUUAUUAAGUAUGAAGAAUAUGCAAUAACUAGUCGAUCUAGUGUUCAAUUGCCGCUUUAUGUAAACAUAACUACAUAUAUACUACAUACAUAUAUAUAGCGUACGCACACACGUCACAAAGAUUUAUUAGCUUUCAAUUAGUUUUAUUCUAAUUGUUCACCUGUUAAGUAUUUUGUUUUACAUUUCAUUGUGCAAUCAUUUGCUUAUUCUUAUAUUAUUAGAAAUUAUGCCAAAUAUCGAUUGUAAAUUAGGGAAUUAUGUACAGAAGUACUUUAGCUUAAGGCAAGCGAUGCAUAUUUAAGGAGGAAAGAAAAUAAAAUUUUAAUAUGUAGGUAUAUGUAGACAUAAAUUGUUUAGGAUAAGUUGAUACCGUCGAUUGUGAUUGCGCUUUUAAGCAUUGUUUUGUAUAUCUGUUUCGGCACAUUGAUCAGCAGGUGUGAAAAACGAAAGCAUUUUAUAAAACAUUCAAAUUAUAAUAGAAAUCAAUAAUAAAUUUGCUAUGGUCACAAAGAGGCUGAUAAAUCAAA